AUGGCAUCAUCACAGGACAUGUCUACUUUUCCAGUAGAUGAGAAUCAUACCGAUUUCUUCAAUAUUUGGCGUUCCCGAGUGUACACUAAACUCUCAGAUCUUGUUCUUGCGUACCGAAAUUCAAAAUCCGAUACCGAUUUUCAAAGUAUUCGAGAUUAUUUCUAUGAAGCGAUUGAAGGCUAUUUCACCAUCAUCAAGGAGAAAACGCCACAAAAUUCCACUCAAAUGUUACAAUUCUUUGACAUGUUGAGACAACCCAAUGAUACAAGAUCUAUUUUAAUGAAUGAAAAGUGUUCUGGCUAUUAUAGAGAGUUGGUCAUGAACCCUGAAUAUGGAGCUAAACUGUCGGAACAACACAAUGAGCAUUGGACCUUGUUGGCUGCCUUCAACGACUUGUCGGUUUUUCCAGACGAGUUUGUCAAGUGUGGGUAUCUACAACUCAUGCUCGAUUGUGACCUCGUUGGCCGAUUCUCCCAUCAGCGAACCGUUUUGUUUCAGCUCAUGCAAAUCUUUCAGAAAAUUGGUUCAUCACCCCAGCAUGCUCCUGUAGUUAUUCCACACAUGAUUCAAAUUUUGAGAUCCCUUGAUACAAGUUCCCAUGAUUUUAAAACCAUGUUGGUAUGGGUUCAAAAUAUGGUGAACGUGAACCGAGAUUUGGUGAAUCAAUUUCCAAACGAAUUUGAUUGGCUCAAAACAUGUUUCUAUUCAACAAAAAUCAGAGCUGUUAAAGAUCUAUUGAUUAAUAUUUUUGGAGACGUCUAUGAAAGUGAAUUUGUGUCGUUCUUCGUUGACUAUGCAGGAACAAAGAAAAAGUUUUCAUAUCUCAUCUCAAAGCAAAUUGAACCAACUGUGGAGGAUAUUGCUCGCUUUAUUUUAGAAAAAUGUGUCGAUGACGUUGAAUGUGUCACCAAAUAUGAGUUAGAAUUUUAUGAUGAAGACAUUGAGGAUUAUGUUGAAUUUGAGUUUGCAGAUCCUCAAAUAUUCCAAAAACAAGGAGCAGUUGCCAAGUUUAAACUGAAAGCAACGAUUGAUCAAACAAAAGCAAAACCAAAGCAACCAGAACAAGCAAACCAGAAUAAUUCGGAGACCUCCAACGUCCCACUCUCAGAUAAUUCGUCAUCCUUGAUAGACAUUUCAGAAAAAGACCUCGUUAGCGAGCAUGAUCUCGACGUAAACAAUGUCAACAUUCAAAUGUCAAACAUGGACAUGUCUGGUAUUGUAAUGUCAGAAUUAGAAAUGUCAGUUCAAGAAAAACCUCAUCAAAAACCAACUAAGCCAGCUCACCAAGAUUCUGGAAUUCAAUUAUCCAACAUAUCCGGUAUUGAAAUGUCGGGCAUUGUCAUGCAAUCAGAAAUUUCUGGAAUUCAAAUGUCUGGAUUGGGUCAGAGUAUGUCUGCCUUUUCUCAAUUCGACAAUUCCGUCAAACAAGGUGUUGGUCAACUGGAUAUGCCAUCUUUCAUGUCAUCAAACGAAAUUCCAAACAAUAACCAUCAACACAACAUGAUGGACAGUGUCAUGGGUGACAAUAACAAUAGUUUAUUGAGUGGAAAUUUCGAUAUUGCAGACUCCAUCAAGGAGCCAGUGGCUCAAAAAGAAAAAUCAGCCAAUAAGAUUGUCAAUGAAACGUACAAGCUUCAACAUAGAAUUGACUCUAAAGAUUCCAAUAAGAAAGUAUUCACAGCUAAAGAUCUUGCAAACAAGUCGGCCCCUCCACUUGUCAUCAAAUAUGUACCAAUUCGAUCCACCUCCGAGUUCAAUCGUUGCAUGAAAGAAGGAGUUCAAAUGAUUCGAACUGGAAGAAUCAUUUUGCAAAAGAAAAUUCCUCUCGCAAAUGUAUUCGAUGUCUUUGAAGAGGAAGAUAAGGAAUCUAACAAGGCCUCCAUUCGUUACAUGUGUUUCGCAAUGCCUUACUAUCCAAAAGGAAAUUUACAAGAUUUUAUUCAGAAUCAACACUCAAAGCAACUUUCUCCCACGCUUGUGUUAUCCAUUUUGCAACAAAUUGCCUCUGCCAUCAAUUUCUUGCACUCUCAAAAAACAGCUCACAAGAAUAUCAAAUUGAGUAACAUCUUUAUUCAAGACUUGUCACAAAAUGAUAAUGGAGGAUCAAUAAUUUUAGCAUUGACGGAUUAUGGAAUUUCACAAGAUUUGUCCAACUCCAUUGUUCCUGAAUUUAAAACUCUUCAAGACUUUUCAUCUGAUAUUGCUCUGGAUAAAUAUCAAAGAGCUGACAUUUGGCAGGCAGGUCUCGUUUUUACUCAAUUAGUGUGCUGCCUUUCCAAUACCACUUCUCUCAACAUAGUGAGAGACUCCAUUGAAAAGAGUGGAGCAGCUGCCUUGGAUUCAUUACUUUCAAACAGCAAUACUCUCAGUGAAUGGUCUUCCAAAUUACCCUCUCUCAAGACAUUACUCACGAAAAUGCUGAAUGCUGAACCCAAUGAAAGACCAACUUCACAAGAAGUGAGUUCCAAUCUCGCUGAUUUGUAG